AUGCGGCGCGUGCUCCUUUGCCUGCUCUGGCUGCUGCGGGCGGCGCGCGGCCAGGCGGCGUCCAGGCCCAACAUCGUGCUGCUCAUGGCUGACGACCUGGGCAUCGGGGACCCCGGCUGCUACGGCAACACGACCCUCAGGACCCCCAAUAUCGACCGGCUGGCGGCCGGCGGGGUGAAGCUCACGCAGCACCUGGCGGCCUCUCCGCUCUGUACCCCGAGCCGGGCGGCCUUCCUCACGGGCCGCUACCCCAUCCGGUCAGGGAUAGCCUCGCGGUCUCGAGUGGGCGUGUUCAUCUUCACGGCGUCCUCUGGCGGCCUCCCGCCCGGCGAGGUCACCUUCGCCAAGCUGCUCCGGGAGCAAGGCUACCACACGGCGCUCGUGGGGAAGUGGCACCUGGGCGUGCACUGUGCCGACACCAGCGACUUCUGCCACCACCCGCUGAGCCACGGGUUCGAGCACUUCUACGGGCUGCCGCUGACCAACCUGCGGGACUGCAAGCCGGGUGCGGGCAGCGUGUUCGGCACGGGCGUGCGGCUGCUGGUGUUCGUGCCGCUGCAGGGGCUGGCCAUCGCGCUGGUGACGCUGGCCGCCCUGCAGCGCCUGGGCCUCCUGCGCGUGCCCCCGCUGGUGUUCGGGCUGCUGCUGGCGGCCGCCGCCGCCCUGCUGGCCCUGCUCGUGGCCUUCCUGCACACCUACCGCCCGCUCAACUGCUUCCUCAUGCGCGGCCGCGACAUCACGCAGCAGCCGCUGAGCUACGAGCGGCUCACCCAGAGGCUCACGGCCGAGGCCACCCAGUACCUGCGCCGGAACGCGGGGUCGCCCUUCCUGCUGCUGGUGUCGUACCUGCAGGUGCACACGGCCCUCUUCGCGGGGCCCGACUUCGCCGGCAGGAGCCGCCACGGCGCCUACGGGGACGCGGCCGAGGAGAUGGACUGGAGCGUGGGGCAGAUCCUGGACACGCUGGACGAGCUGGGCCUGGCCAACAACACCCUCGUCUACUUCACGUCGGACCAGGGGGCGCACGUGGAGGAGGUGAGCCUCAAGGGUGAAGUUCAUGGCGGCAGCAACGGCAUCUACAGAGGGGGCAAAGGGAACAACUGGGAAGGCGGCAUCCGUGUGCCCGGCAUCCUGCGCUGGCCCGGGGUGCUGCCCGCCGGGGUGGAAGUGGACGAGCCCACCAGCAACAUGGACAUCUUCCCCACGCUGGCCGGGCUGGCCGGGGCCCCGCUGCCGGGAGACAGGGUCAUCGACGGCCGGGACCUGAUGCCACUACUGCAGGGCACGCGGGAGUCCUCGGAGCACGAGUUCCUCUUCCACUACUGCAACUUCUACCUCAACGCCGUGCGCUGGCGUCCACGGAACAGCUCGUCGGUGUGGAAGGCUCAGUUCUUCACCCCCAAGUUCUCCCCCGAGGGCGCCAACGGCUGCUUCCCCACGCACAUCUGCUUCUGCCACGGCCACUUCGUCACCCAUCACCACCCGCCGCUGCUCUUCGACCUCUCCAGGGACCCCCGGGAGCGGACGCCGCUGACGCCGGCCACGGAGCCACAGUACGGGCAGGUGCUGGCCGCCAUGCGCCAGGCCGCGGAGCGCCACGCGCGGACGCUGCAGCCGCCCGCGCCCGACCAGAUGACCCUGGGCCAGCUCGUCUGGAAGCCCUGGCUGCAGAUGUGCUGCUCGAGCUGGGGCGAGGCCUGCCACUGUGACCGGGAACCGCCACCGCCCCGUGGCCACUAG